AUCCGCCCCUGUACCGCCUCCUCAUGCUGCUGCCAGGUCCAGAGUGUGUCAUGGGCCCCCGUACCGACUCCUCAUGCUGCUGCCAGGCCCGUAAUCUGUCAUGGGCCCCUGUACCGCCUCCUCAUGCUGCUGCCAGGUCCAGAGUGUGUCAUGGGUCCCUGUACGGCCUCCCAUUGCUGCUGCCAGGCCCGUAAUCUGCCAUGGGCCCCCGUACCAACUCCUCAUGCUGCUGCCAGGCCCGUAAUCUGUCAUGGGCCCCUGUACCGCCUCCUCAUGCUGCUGCCAGGUCCAGAGUGUGUCAUGGGUCCCUGUACGGCCUCCCAUUGCUGCUGUCUCCAUCGCCACACUCUGCCAUGUGCCACUUUCAGGUCUCCUCACACUGCUGGUGGUUUCCAUUUUUGUCAUAGGGUGCUGUAUGGCCUCCUAUUGCUGCUGCCUCCACCGCCACACUGUGGCUCCACACUCUGGUUUUGGCCCCGUGACUGCCCAAAUGAGUGAAGUGUGCGGUGAUUCUAAGAUCGACGGCACUCAUCUGCAUGUCAUACUGACUGUCAGUAUUAUUUCUCUUCCCCAGCAGACUCCAAGGGCAUUUAAAUUAAAGGUACAGUGUUCUGCACUAAUAUAA